CCUGCCUGAGUCACGGCUGGAGCUGGGGAGGAGCCGGGAAAGGAGGCCCCAGCCCAGAGUGCAGCCAGCGGCCGCAGGGAGAGCAGGCAGGGAGGCCGGAGAUCAUGGGGGAGAGCGCGCUGGAGCCGGGGCCUGUGCCCGCAGCGCCGGCGAGGGGCCCGGUGCACGCCGUGACGGUGGUGACGCUGCUGGAGAAGCUGGCCACCAUGCUGGAGGCGCUGCGGGAGCGGCAGGGGGGCCUGGCUCGGAGGCAGGGAGGCCUGGCGGGCUCUGUGCGCCGCAUCCAGAGCGGGCUGGGGGCGCUGAGCCGCAGCCACGACACCACGAGCAACACGCUGGCACAGCUGCUGGCCAAGGCGGAGCGCGUGGGCUCGCACGCGGACGCCGCCCAGGAGCGCGCCGUGCGCCGCGCAGCCCAGGUGCAGCGGCUGGAGGCCAACCACGGGCUGCUGGUGGCGCGCGGGAAGCUCCACGUCUUGCUCUUCAAGGAGGAGGCUGAAAUCCCAGCCAGCGCCUUCCAGAAGGCGCCAGAGCCCUUAGGCCCGGCAGACCAGCCCCAGCCUGGCCCAGAGCAGCCGGAGGCCGAAGUUGAGGAGAGCUCAGACGAGGAGCCUGUGGAGUCCAGGGCCCGGCGGCUUCGGCGCAGCGGGUUGCAGAAGGUACAGAGCCUGCGAAGGGCCCUCUCUGGUCGGAAAGGCCCCGCAGCACCAACGCCCACGCCAGUCAAGCCACCUCGCCUAGGCCCUGGCCGGAGGGCUGAUGGCCAGCCAGAAGCCCGGCCUGCCCUGGAGCCCAAGUUGGAGCCAGAACCUCCACAGGACACCGAGGAAGAUCCCGGGAAAUCUGGGGCUGCUGAAGCCACGGUGCUCCAAGUAGAGAGUGCGGCCUGAGGGCUGGUGCUGUCUGCUUCUCUUGUGCCUAUGCCUAGUCCCCAAAUAAAUCUCCCUCUCCCAAUGCAGCAUUCACGCCCAAAUAAGGAGUGAAUCCUGCACCCAUAGCCCAGCUCUGGCCUUCCCUUCCCAGUGCCUUCAGUUUAGCCUGCAUCCUCUAAAAGAGAAGCAGCCGCCCACUCCCCUUCAAUAAAAGUAAUGUCACCUAAUCCAGACUCCAUGUGAAGGGGUGGGAGGAAAAGGCUUGGAGGAGUAAGACAAAUGUGGGAACCUGGAAUGUGCCUUCAAUUUCAACCAGAUCAUUAUAUCGUUUCUCAGGUUCCCACUGAGUCUUGGGCACAUAGAAAAAACCUGCUGGCCAUUUGCUUCUUGAGCACUUUACUCGUGGAGAGGCAUCCAGUACAGUCUCUUGCUGUAGGUGCUCAAUAAAUGUCAACAAGUGGUUUUCCUUUUAGUUUCUUCUUCCUCUUCCAUCUCUUAAAAGUUGGGCUUUCCACUAUUCUCAGCCUUCUCUUUCUGGGUUGUCCUCUGUGAACAGACUGACUCCCAGGCUUUUGCCACCAGCCAUACACACUCCAAGACCACUGUCCUGAGCCGCAGUUGAAAUGUACCUCAAGUCAAUGUCCAAAGGAAGCAAUCUAUCUUUUAAUUAAGUUCAAUUUCAAUUUAAUAUUUAUUGAGCACUUAGUAUGUAUCAUUCAAAAUGGCAUCUCCUCUUGCGUUUUCUUUACCAAUGAAUGUCACCACCAUCCACACAGAAACCUGGGAGUCCUCCCUGGAGGACUCCCUCUCUCUCUCAAUGCCCUCCCCCAUGGAAACAGUUACCUCUGCAGUCUGACCACUUUUUGAAUACCCAUGGCCACUGCUCUGUUUUAGGCCUUAUCUUUCACCUGACCAUUAUUUGAACUGCCAAUCUGAUCCCAUCGUCCUCCUGCUUCAGACCCUCAGUGGCUCCCCAUCACCUUCAGAAUAAAGUCUGAGUUCUUGAAUAUUC